UCAGGGCGGCGCGAAGAUGGCGGCAGCGGUGCCCGUGGCGGCCGAGGUGCCGAGCUCGUUGCUGCUGGUGGUGGGCGGCGAGUGCGGCUGCCCGGGGCUGCUGGCCUACGUCCUGGAAGAGCUCGAACGAGGUGUCCGGUCCUGGGACAUUGAUCCUAGAGUCUGCAGCCUGGAUGAACAGCUCAAGAUCUUUGUGUCCCGGCACUCAGCCACCUUCUCCAGCAUCGUGAAAGGCCAGCGGAGCCUGCACCACCGUGGAGACACCCUGGAGACCCUGGUCCUCCUGAACCCCUCAGACAAGUCCCUUUGUGAUGAGCUCCGGAACCUCCUGCUGGAUCCUGCCCCUCACAAGCUGCUGGUACUGGCCGGGCCCUGCCUGGAGGAGACGGGGGAACUUCUGCUUCAGACAGGGGGCUUCUCGCCCCACCACUUUCUCCAGGUCCUGGGGGACAAAGAGAUCCAUGACACCCUGGCCUCCUCGCCUCCGCCUGCAGAUCUGCCCACACUCACCAUCACCUGCCCGACCUUUGGAGACUGGGCGCGGCUGGCCCCCGAUGUGCCCAACCUGCAGGGCCCGCUCCGGCUGCAGCUGCGGCUGAACCCCCCUGUGCGGCUGCCGGCUGCCGAGGGCCUGCGGGAGUUCCUGGAGUACGUGGCCGAGUCCUUGGAGCUGCCGUCCCCCUUUGAGCUGCUGGAGCCACCGUCCUCUGGGGGCUUCCUCAGGCUCCCGCGGCCCUGCUGCUACAUCUUCCCGGGAGGCCUGGGGGAUGCCGCCUUCUUUGCCGUCAACGGCUUCACCAUGUUGGUCAACGGUGGCUCAAACCCCAAGUCCAGCUUUUGGAAGCUGGUGCGGCACCUGGACCGAGUGGACGCCGUGCUGGUGACGCACGCGGGUGCCGAUAGCCUCCCGGGCCUUAACAGUCUGCUGCGACGCAAGCUGGCUGAGCGUCACGAGGUGGCCACGGCCGGCGGGGGCUCCUGGGAUGACAGGCUGCGCCGCCUCAUCUCCCCCAACCUGGGGGUCGUGUUCCUCAACGCCCGCGAGGCCGUGUCGCGGCUGAUGCGCGGUGAGGAUGAGGCGGAGCUGGCGCUGAGCCUCCUGACCCAGCUGGGCAUCACACCCCUGCCCCUGAGCCGCGGGCCGCUGCCUGCCAAGCCCACGGUGCUCCUGGAGAAGAUGGGCGUGGGCCGCCUGGACAUGUACGUGCUGCACCCGCCCUCCUCUGGCUCCGACCGCACUCUGGCCUCUGUGUGUGCCCUGCUUGUGUGGCACCCUGCGGGCCCUGCCGACAAGGUGGUGCGUGUUCUCUUCCCGGGCUGCACGCCGCCCGCUCGCCUCCUGGACGGGCUAGUCCGACUGCAGCAUCUGGGUUUCCUGCGGGAGCCCGUGGUGACCCCCCAGGAUCUAGAAGGACCCCGACGAGCUGAAAGCAAAGAGAGCGUGGGCUCCCGGGAUAGUUCAAAGAGAGAGAGUCGGACAGGGACAGCCCCCAGACCUGGCCAAGAGCGACCUGGUGCAGCCCGGAAGGAGCCAGUCCGGGCUGAGCCCCCACGAAAGACCGAGAAAGAAACCAGGCCCUCCCGGGAGGUGAAGAAGGACCCCAAGCCCGUGGCGCCCCGGGCCCAGCCCCGGGAAGUGCGCCGCACAGCUAACGCAGCAGCCAGCCUCAAGAAGGCGGGCACCCAGGGGGCCCCCAAAGCCCGUAGAGCACCUGCUGUGCCCCAGGCAGGUGCUGUACCCGUGGAGAAUGGGCCCUGCAGCCCACCCAGCCCCUCUGCUGCAGCCCGGGGCUCCCCCGCACCCCAGUUGGUGGCCACGCCCAGCCUGGGGAGCAGCCUGGAGCUGGGGCUGAGCCCAGCCGGGGAGGAGGGUGGCCGCUUUGAGGACAAAACACUGGAGCUGCUGCUGGCCACGAGCACACCCCGUCCACCCACACCUUCGCCCACCGAGAGCCGCCGGAGUCCAGCCGAGGGCAGCGGGCCACUGUCACUGAGCCCGCUGCGGGGUGGUGAGACUGGGCCCGACGCCUCGCCCACCGUCACCACACCCACCCUGACCACUCCUUCACUGCCUGCCGAGGUGGGCUCCCCGCACUCCACAGAGGUGGACGAGUCCCUCUCCGUAUCCUUUGAGCAAGUACUGCCACCAGCAGCCUCCAGUGAGGCUGGACUGAGCCUCCCCCUGCGUGGCCCCCGGGCGCGACGCUCUGUGUCCCCGCACGACGUGGACCUGUGCUUGGUGUCACCUUGUGAGUUUGAGCACCGCAAGGCUGUGCCCACAGCGCCGGCACCUGCAUCCCCCGGCAGCUCCAAUGACAGUAGUGCCCGGUCCCAGGAGCGGGCAGGGGCCCCCGGGGCCGAAGAGACGCCACCCACGUCCGUCAGCGAGUCUCUGCCUACGCUGUCUGACUCAGACCCCCUGCCUGCUGCUUCCGGGGCCGUGGACUCAGACGACGACACGGUGGGCUUUGGGGUCCCUCGCCAUGACCCACUGCCUGAACCCCUCAAAGUCCCCCCGCCACUGCCGGACCCGCCCAGCAUCUGCAUGGUGGACCCUGAGAUGCUGCCCCCCAAGUCCACCCGGCAGAACGAGAACCCUGGCCGCACCCGGAAGCCCCCGGCCCGGCCCAGCUCUGGCACGGCCGCCCCCAAGUCCACAGCAGCUGCCACUGCCAGAAGCAAGGGGCUGGCCAGUGGGGACCGGGCAGGCCGACCCCUCAGCGCCCGGAGUGAGCCCAUGGACAAGGGAGGCCGCGCGUCCCUGAUCAGAAAGUCCUCAGUCACCAAGACUGCCACUCAAGGCGCAUCUGGGGCAGCUGGCAGCCGGCCAGGCAGGCCAGCCACCCCGCCCGGCUCCCCUGUCUACCUGGACCUGGCCUACCUGCCCAGCGGGAGCAGCGCCCACCUGGUGGAUGAGGAAUUCUUCCGGCGCGUGCGCGCACUCUGCUACGUCAUCAGCGGCCAAGACCAGCGCAAGGAGGAGGGCAUGAGGGCUGUCCUGGACGCCCUGCUGGCCAGCAAGCAGCAGUGGGACCGGGACCUCCAGGUGACCUUGAUCCCGACCUUCGACUCAGUGGCGAUGCACAAGUGGUACGAGGAGACACAUGCCCGGCACCCGGCGCUGGGCAUCACCGUGCUGGGCAGCAACAGCAUGGUGUCCAUGCAGGACGAGGCCUUCCCGGCCUGCAAGGUGGAGUUCUAGCCCGUCCCCAGCACCCUCUGCUCUCUCCCCGGUCAGCCUCUGUCCUGAAAGUGACCUGCACCAGAAAUAAACCGCUAACCUGCUCA